UAAUGUUUUAAUUAUGUUUCUAUGAUCUAACCACGUGAUCUCCCAUGUGACAUCUUUUUGCCUUGAUCUAUAUAUUAGAAUAUUUUUACUGAUUCAUUCGUUAGGAAAUGAUCGCAAUAAUUAUAUUCCUUCAAAAUGUACUUCUAGAGUAACAUGUGAACUAUAUUUCAAUAAGGAACGCUAAUGUUGACAGCAAAAUUUAUUAACGGACAAUUAAGAGAUGAUUUUUAUUCCUUGAAAUAAAUAAUUUAAUUUUUCUUAUUUAUACUGCUAUUGCAUAAACGAGUGAAAAGAAUAUUGAAGACAAAACUUGCGAAAAAUGGGAAGCGAUUACGAUCAUCAGAUGAAGCGGAAGGGAUUUUUUCCAUACCAAAUGGGACAUCUGACUGACUGGAUGGUAAAAUUAGCCAAAGAUGAAUUGAAGGAAUCUGAAGAAACUCGUAGUCAAGCCAUAUCAGAACUUAGGAAAGUCAUAGCCAAACAUAAGGAAUUGAAUGUUUGGAUUGAUGAUGCUUACCUACUACAACUUUUAAGAGCUAGAAAAUUCGAUGUGAAGAGAGCUGGGGAACUGUUACUCCGUUUUUACGCUCUUAAAAGAGAUUAUCCGGAAAUCUAUCCACCAGAAAUAGAUCUUGAGAGCAUAAAAACCGCACAGGAAGAAGCCUCGUGUUGUGGUGCAUUUCCGUAUCGAGACAAAAAUGGAUCCAUUAUAUUGUUUUAUAGUAUUGGUAAGUGGGAUCCAGAUAAAAUUCCAGUACCAGUUGCUAUUUCAGUAGCUACGUUUAUGUUGUUGCAGUGUAUAGAAGAUCCAGCUACUCAAGUAUGUGGUUUACGACUUAUAAUUGAUGCCAAAAACGUCUCUUUAAAACAUAUGCGUGCAUUAACACCAAGAUAUUUACAGUUAUUCGGUAAAGGUCUCAGAAAUUCCUUACCUAUCAGGUUUGCGGGGAUUCAUAUAACGAACGAAUCAAUCUUCUUUUCAUACAUAUUCAACAUUUUAAAGUUAUUUCUCUCAGAAAAGAUUAAAAAAAGGGUGCAUUUUCACGAGAAGGAUAUGAAGCAUCUUCAGAAGCACAUUCCAAAAGAAAUUUUGCCAUCUGAAUUUGAUGGUGACAAUACCAACUACCAAGCAAGUGAAUGGGUCAAAAAGGAAAUGUAUUCGUAUUUAGAAAAAUUUGGAGAACUGCAUCGUAAAGGUUAUCUUUGAGUUUUGAGAAAUUCAGUCCUUUAAAGAUGUAUAAUUUAUGCCUGGUUAAUUAUCAGACGAACAGUAUGAAGUCUAAGUUUUCGAUCUUUAACUAUGUGGAAAGACUAAUGCAGAUCUGAAAUCACCAAUUGUUAUUACUCAAUUUAUAUGUAUUAGUCUAAAUUGGAUUCAAGCAGUCUAAUUAGGCAAGAAAUCCAUCAGCCUUUAUUUUAAACGUUUCAUUUCAUACGAAACAAAAUGGGUAACCGUCUUCAUUUAAUUAAAAACAAUCAUAUUAGUUACUUAACUGCUAUAAAAAAAUUGAAACACGUUUCUAAUGCAGAGUGAUGAUGCACAUUAGCAUUGCUGAAAAAUCUACAGUUAAUUAAAAUUAUUCUUGUCAGCUAUUUUUGUUUAUCCUUCAUGAAUGAAAUGCAUAUGAAUGGGUUCCAGUGAUAUUCUUCUUUGCUUAAGCGCCCAUUGACUAUAUCUCACGCAGUUUACGCGAUAUAUGCAUUGAACAUCCAAUGUCUACUGCAGCAACGGGAGUCAACACUUUGAGAUAAUCCUUUGCGUACACAGACUAUACAGUCCUGUUUCUUUUGUUAUCUAAAUAUGUAAUAUAAUAGUAAAAUAUAUGUAAUAUAUAUGUAAUAUAAUAAAGAAUUUGUGUGUU